ACUCGACACCAACGCCCUUAUCAGUUAUCACUCCCUCCUUCCUCACUAGUCACUAGUCACAGUCACUAGUCACUAGUCACUACACUACAUUUUAAGUAUUGAACUUACACCUCUCCCUCUCUCUUUCUAUCUUCCAUUGCUUCUCAUUCUCAAGUCUCAAGUCUCAAGUCUCAAGUCUCAACAACAACAGUCGAUCAUGCCCUCCCUCCUCGAGCUUUUGAAGAAUGUUGGGAAGAAUCAGGUAGCUUCAACCCCAGAUGGCGUAACAACGAGUGGAGAGGGAAACAACAAUACUACGACUAGUACUAGCAAUGAGGAUGAUGGUUAUAAUAGUGGAAGUAGGAGUUACCCACCUAUUGAGUGCUAUGCAUGUACUCAAGUCGGUGUUCCAGUAUUCCAUUCUACUAGUUGUGAUCGAGCUGGCCAACCUGAAUGGGAGGCUUCUGCAGGAUCCUCCCUUUAUCCAAUUCGAACCCCAAAUGAUUUUCGAUCUCGCUCUAAACUACAGGCCAAAGGAAAGCAUCUCCAACGACGUCCUACGGGCCCCUUUGGACCGAUAUUAGACCCCAGGAGCGAUACGGUCCGGAGAUGGAACCGAAACAUUUUGUUAGCACGUGCCGUCGCACUAGCCGUUGAUCCUGUCUUCUUCUAUGCUUUAUCUAUCGGCCGAAGUGGCUCGUGUCUUUACAUGGAUGGGGUUGUAGCAGCUGUCGUCACCCUCAUUCGUACGUGUGUUGAUGCUGUUCAUCUGUGGCAUGUGUGGCUCCAGUUCCGCCUGGCGUACGUGUCCAGGGAAUCGCUCGUUGUUGGCUGUGGGAAACUCGUGUGGGACUCACGUGCCAUCAUUUCGCAUUAUGUACGUUCAUUGAAAGGCUUCUGGUUUGAUCUCUAUGUUAUUCUUCCAAUUCCACAGCUCGUAUUCUGGUCUGUUGUUCCAAUGCUACUCAGACAAGAUCGAAUAAAGAUUUUGAUGACGUUACUCCUGCUUAUUUUUCUGUUCCAAUUCCUGCCCAAAGUUCAUCACAGCUUAUACUUAAUGAGGAAAAUGCAAAAGGUCACUGGAUAUAUCUUUGGUACCAUAUGGUGGGGGUUUGGACUUAAUCUCAUUGCUUAUUUCAUUGCUUCUCAUGUUAUUGGAGGAUGUUGGUAUGUUCUUGCAAUUCAGCGCGUUGCAGCUUGCCUCUCACAACAGUGUAAUAGAAAUGGGAACUGUAAUAGGUCUUUGUCUUGUUCAAAGGGGAUUUGCUACCAGUUUUUUGAGCAACCAAAUACAAUAGAAAGAUGUAAUGCCAACUCCACAGUGAGCCGAAUGUCGUUUUGCUUGGAUGAUAAUGGACCUUUCAGUUAUGGAAUUUACAGUUCAGCUGUUCCUGUCAUCUCCAGCAAUGCCAUCAUUAUUAAGAUCCUUUAUCCCAUAUCAUGGGGUUUAUUCCAGCUGAGUACUUUUGGCAAUAAUUUGACUCCAACAAGCCAAUGGGCAGAAGUGCUUUUCUGCAUGUGUCUUGUGCUUGGUGGUUUAAUGCUUUUCACCUUGUUGAUUGGAAACAUUCAGGUAUUUCUCCAUACUGUCAUGGCAAAGAAGAGAAAAAUGCAAUUGAGGUGUCGAGACAUGGAAUGGUGGAUGAGGCGCAGGCAAUUACCAUCCGCUCUGAGGCGUAGAGUGAGUCACUUUGAACGUCAGAGUUGGUUGACUACAGGUGGAGUUGAUGAGAUGGAGUUAAUUAAAGACUUGCCUGAGGGGCUUCGGCGUGACAUCAAACGUUAUCUUUGCCUUGAUCUCAUAAAGAAGGUUCCACUAUUUCACUGCUUGGAUGAUCUUAUCCUGGACAACAUAUGUGACAGAGUCAAACCACUAAUUUACUGCAAAGAUGAAAAGAUCAUGAGAGAAGGAGAUCCAGUACAGAGGAUGGUGUUUGUAGUUCGUGGGCGAAUAAAAAGCAACCAAAACCUAAGCAAAGGACAAGUAGCACAAGACAUUCUACAGCCAGGAGCUUUCCUUGGUGAUGAACUAUUAUCUUGGAGUCUUCGAAGACCAUUCUUACAUCGACUUCCAGCCUCAUCAGCAACUUUUGUUUGUCUUGAAUCAACUGAAGCUUUUGGGUUAGAUGCUUAUGACCUACGUUACAUCACUGAGCAUUUUCGUUACAAGUUUGCCAACGACAGCCUUAGGCGGACCUUGAGGUACCAUUCUUCCAACUGGAGGACUUGGGCGGCCGUUAAUAUACAGUUUGCUUGGCGCCGUUAUACUAACAGAACUAGAGGCUCACUUACUCAUUUAGCUUCCCAUAAUGGAGAUGACAAACGUCUCCUUAAGUUUGCUGCUAUGUUUAUGUCUAUCAGACCACAUGAUCAUCUCGACUAAAACAAAUUUGGGUUUCAUAUUGUUUCCUUUCCUUUUUUUUUUUUUUCAUUUGUUGUUAAGAGUACAUGUUUGAAACUUUAGAAUCACCCAUUGUUUGUUAUCAAUAAAGUAAAAUUGUUCACUUUCUCAA